AUGGAGCAUGGAUGGGAUGUAGGGGUGGGCGAAGAAAGCGCGGGCAUGGGUAGAAAGGAGGAGGAGGAUGCUGAUGGUGGUGGUGAAUUAGAGGCCCUUCUCUGCACUGCAGUGCACUCUGCUGCGUUGUUGCUUCAUCGUGUGUAUGUUGCUGUUGGUGGGGAAUUUCCAGCGAUGGCGGCCUCCACUGUCUCCCACGCCCUCUCGGCUCUCACCCUCGGACCCACUGUCUGUGUUGAUCAGGGCUCUCUCCGCUGCCCCAUCUCCCUGUCCUCUGGUGUCUCGCUUGCUGGUGUUUCCGAGAGUGGCGGUGCAGCUCAGAGAGGCCGUCUGCAAAUUCGGUGCGCUCGUGUUGGAGGAGUGGAGAUCCCCAACAACAAGCGCGUCGAGGUCGCAUUGACGUACAUUCAUGGAGUUGGCAACACCACUUCCAAGCAAAUUCUGUUGGACGUGGGUCUUGAGAACAAGAUAACGAAGGAGCUCUCUGAGGAGGAGCUCACGUCGCUUCGUGAUGAGGUGUCGAAGUACAUGAUUGAGGGAGACCUUCGACGAUUCAACACCCUGGCGAUCAAGCGGUUGAAAGAUAUCCAGUGCUACCGUGGGAAGCGUCACCUAGCAGGUUUGCCUUGCAGGGGGCAAAGCACGAAGUGUAAUGCGAGGACGAGGAGGGGCAAGAAGGUCACAAUUGCUGGCAAGAAGAAGGCUCCCGGAAAGUAGAAAGGAUAGUAAUUGAAUUUUCAGGUUGAAUUAAAUUCCUGUACACCUAUAUCUGUUGACUACAGUUAUUAUUUGAACACUAUGAAAUUACGUCGUAAUCUGACGUGUCAUGGCAUGUUGAUUGAGGUUAUUCACAUGAAGAUAUACGAGCUUUCCGGAAGUUAUGCACAGA